AUGGCGUCGUUCGAACGCAUUGAAAUACGAGCAAUAAUAAAAUUUUGUCAAGAGGAAGGCGAAACACCAUCUAAAACUUACAAAAUGAUAUUGGAUAUCAAGGGAAAAGCCUCAGUGAGCCGCACACUAGUUUUUGACUGGCAUAAAAGAUUCAGAGAGGGUAUGACAGAGAUAUCGGACAAGGAAGGACGAGGAAGAAAGACGAAAAUUACAGGGACGUUGGUGACGUCAAUCGCCGCGACGUUAGAAAAAGAUAGGCGAUUGACUGUGCGGGCUUUAUCUUCAAUGUUUGGCAUUAGCUAUGGGACGGUGCAGUCCAUUUUAACUAAGGAUUUAAAAAUGAGAAAGGUGCUCAGACGCGAUCUAGUACAUGCUCUUGAGAAGAAGCGACCCGGUGUGCAACUCGAACAUUUCAUCCUACAUAUGGAUAACGCAUCCUCCCAUACAGCCGCAGCUACCGACCUAGAAGUAGCCGUGUUAG